CCUUGUUCAUUGACCAUCAUGAGCGUCAGUCUUGCUUCACAAGUCGUUCUCCACCCAACGGUCUCUCAAACUCUGCGCCUGGCAGCCACGACAGUGGGCCGCGACAAAGUCUACCGCCUUGUUCAAAAUUAUGCGCGCUUCUAUGCCUGGUUUCUCUUAAGCCGUGGUCAUGACAAGGCCGAUAUUGCUAAAUACAACGCCCUCAAGAGUCACCUCGGAACUGCCCGCAAACUUAUGCGGCUGGGGAAGCCAUUCGAACAUCUCCAGGCCGCCCUUCGUGCUGCGUUGAGCGCUGGCCCCGCUUUAGAGCAACUCCUCGCCGUUGCAAGACAGUUAGCAUAUUUCUUCUACCUCAGCCUUGACGCACUGGCGUGGGCUCACUCAAUCAAAUUUACUACCUUCAAGGCAGAAACUGCAACAAAAAUCACCAAGAUCGCCAACAGAGCCUGGCUUGCGGGAAUCCUACUCAGUAUUAUCAAUGCUGAGGCGAAGCUCUUGCGUAUUCGAGCAGGUGAGGGAGACAAGGACGUUGGACUUGAGGCCGACCGCCAAGCCCGUCUGAAGCUUAUUGCAACGUACGUCUCGCAAGAAUAUAGAAGCACUAUCGUUGACUUUGCCAGUAAUCGUUCUGCAAUUCGACAUCAAUUCAUCAUUGACGCUCUCGAUGUCUGGAUACCAGCGACUGCACUAGGACUGAGCAACUUGAACGAUGGCGUUGUGGGCAUUUUUGGCGUCAUCUCUUCCGCGAUGGCACUGGAGAAAUUGUGGGCAGCAGCUGGAAAAAAUUAA